CUUGCCAAUACAUCCCGGCGAGCUUCAAGAUCGACUGUCAAACAACUGUCUCGGCUGUCAGAUAACUGUCAAACUAGGUGCAUUUCGAUGUUACCGGCUAUCAGUUCCCUUCUGGGCGAAGAUGGAAACUGUGAUCGAUGAGAAAAACCGACACUCCUAACCGCAUCCUCCGCAGGCGGAACUGCGAAAUCGAUAUGAUGGAGAGAAAACAAGCUUUCCUUCGGCUGAAGCCAGCUUGUGUUGAGCUUCUGCAGGUGGUGUCCGCCUUUCACCACAAGCCUAACGCGAAGCGUGAGAUUGUCCGAUCUCUGGAAAGGCUCGUCUCUACUCUCCACGAACUAUCGUCAAAACCCGGCUCGCUAGAUGCGAAACUUGCUGAGUUUGCCUUUGUUCCGAUUUCCCAUGUGCUGAGGGCAUCCAAACUAGUACCCGUCCGCGCCUUGGAACUCUGCCUCAAAUGCACGUCCAUUCUCCUGAGAACCGGAUGGGACGGGGAGCUGUCUCCUGAGUUGACAGGACAGCUUCUUAUCCUAUUUACCUUCCUGGCCAACCCUUCUCCUUCAGAGAACGGACUCCCUGCUACCUCCGAGGAUCUGCAAGCCAGUGCUUUCCGAUGCAUGGCAGAGCUACUUACAAGUGUGGCUCAAAGCGACAGAGGGCCCGAGGUGCUCACCGAGACAGCAAAUAUCCCCACACUCGGAAAAGCCGUAUUGACCAUGGUUGACAGUUUCUCGGAGGUCCGUUCUCAAGAAGUGAAGAAGGAGGCGCUUGCUGCUUUAGAAACCCUCAUUUCGUGCAUAACGGACGUUGACGCUCUCGCCAGUUUCCUACCUAGGAUAGUCUCGUCCCUAACCAAAUUACUCACCCCGAGCAUCAGUAACCGACUAAACUUCCGGCUUAUCGAGCGUGGGCUGGACAUAUUGGCUCUCGUCCUUCAGAAAACGCUUAGCGACUCGGAUGCGGAACAUUUCCCUAGCUCCGAGGGGAGCAGUAGGGUCGUUCGGACGAUACCUUGGCUGCAUGCCACCGCCGCCCAAAUCCAGCUGGCCUUAGCCAACGUUUUAAGGCUCCGAACUCACGAUAAGAUGGAGGUCCGCCAUGCGCUCCUGAAUCUUUGUUUGGCCACCAUUCGAGAAUGCCGCAAAUCCCUCUCGGAAUGCAGCGGGAUGGUUAUUGAGACCCUGGUAACUCUUGCUGGGCGAGGUGAAGACCCUGAUACGAUUGAAACGGACCUCAAGGUACUUCUGUCAUUAGACCAAGCACUAGCUUCGCUCUUGCGAGAGAGUCUGCAUGACUGGAUAUUAUCACUUCCUCGGCUGAUGCAAUCUAAAGACGACAGCAGUCGACGGCAGGUCAUACUCCAGAUCUCGGUGGCGCUGCGAUUGCUCAAUAGCGCACAAACGGAUCUCUCCAUGAUCGAUGAUCUUUUGGCUCUGCACCUACGGGACAGCGUCUCAGAAGUCUUCAAAGAGUCGAAGAGCAUCGGCACUGUCGCUGAAUCUGUGGUGCAAACGGGCCAUGCCGUUGUUGUAGGAAAUACGGGCUCCACGACAUUCCAGCCCCUCACUUUACGAUUGAAAGGACAAGAAAUCAUGAUGAACGAGUUCAAUAUGCUCCUCCGGGAGCUAGCGAAGUCUGACUCCGCGCUCGUGGUUGCGCAAGACUUGAUUGACGCUGUCGACUUCGGCAGUGAAGAUAUGCAGAUUGCUACCUUAUGGCUUUCAGUCCGGCUGCUACAGUGCGUCUCUGAACGCGACGAGGCAAUCGACGAUUUCUUGGACUUUGGGAAUUCGAACCCUCGUCAUGAGCUCCUCGACCAGCUCUACUCCCUUUCGAUCGAAAGGUUGACGGCCUCAGCCGCCGAAGGCGAGCCGCACUGGCAUAUACAAGCUCUUGCACUGGAAGUCGUCGCCUUACAAGCACAGAGGUAUAAGAUAGACUUCCGUGUUGAGCUGAUCGAAUCCCUGUAUCCCGUUUUGCAUCAUCUAGGAAGCCCGAAUCCUGGUUUACGGGCUCACGCAAUGACUUGCCUCAACAUCAUGGCAGAGGCAUGUGACUACGCCGAUGCCAGCGACCUCGUAGUGUCCAACGUCGACUAUAUCAUCAAUGCCGUCGGUCUAAAGCUAAAUUACCACGACAUCUCACCGCAAGCUCCCCAGGUUUUGCUCAUGAUGCUACGGCUGUCUGGUCCGUCCCUCCUGCCGUACCUGGAUGACCUGGUUGGAAGCAUCUUCUCGGCUCUAGAGCGUUAUCAUGGCUAUCCUAAAUUGGUCGAGCUGCUAUUUGCAGUACUGAAAGGGAUGGCAGAAGAAGGAAUCAAAGCGCCACAACUUGCUGUCGAAGGCCCCGCACAACAACUAUCCCAUUUCUCUAAAACAGAAAGUGUGGCAGAUGUGGUAUCCGCGCUCAAGAAGCUAAAACGUCAAGCACAGAGAGACGAUGAGGAGCACGAGAAGGUCAUGGAGUCCUUUCCCAGAAGACCAUGGAAGGAAACACCCCAUGACGCAGAAAACGAAGAGCAUAUGGAAGACACCUCUCAAGAAGACAACCAAGCCGUUCAACAAGCCGAACCGCAAACCCCAGCUCCCAAGACCUUCGAUAUCCUCCUCAAAAUCUCCGAACUCACACAGCACUACCUGACCUCCUCAUCUCCCACCCUCCGCAGCUCCCUCCUUUCCCUGUUGAACACCACCAUUCCCGCUCUGGCCAAACACGAGAACUCGUUCCUGCCACUCAUCAACACUCUCUGGCCAGUCUUGCUUCCAAGGCUCGGCGACCCAGAAGCGUACGUUGUUUCAGAUGCUCUGUCUAUCAUGAGUAUGAUGUGCAUCCACGCCGGAGACUUUAUGAAAAGUCGCAUUGAAGGAUGCUGGGACGAGUUAAAGAGCAUUCAUAAACGGAGCAUGACUUCGAAAACGGCACAAAAAUCGACGGGAAAGAAGACGCUAAUAUCACCAUCAACUAAGAGGGAAUCCCUAACAUCGGACUUACUCAUCACACAACAAGCCCGCGAUGCAAGCGGCACCGAUACGAUCAAAUCCUACACCUCACUAGAUACCUAUCAACCGGAGAAAUACAUCGACACCCCGACGCGCAUGAUCCGCGAAAGCUUGAUUCGCCUCCUUUGCAGCAUCGCGCAGUACGUCGGCGUCCGCGAAGACUUGUUCGACGAUAUCGUCGACAUGCUAGAUCCGGUGCUCCAGAGGCAGGAUGUAAAGGAGGCGCUGGAGGUGAGGAAUCCGGAUGCCGUAUGGCUGCGGCUAUUGAGGAAGAGUCGACUCUCAAGUAAGGGAAAUAUGGGAGGGGAAGAGAUCGUCGACAAGGAUUGUUUUAUAGGAAGGAUGCCGGUGGGGAAGCCGCAGUGGCGGUUUGUAAUGGUUUAGAAUGUCUCUGGGAGACUGUGUUGGAGAUGGGGUUAAUAUGUGGAUAUGUAGUAUGAUCUUGUAUUGUAAUAGGCUACCUAAUUGUAUCUGGAUAACAUCA